AUGUGCGUGGCGGGAGGCUCGGGCAGGUGGUUCGCGAACUGCGUGCUGGGUCAAAGGACCGAGCCAAGGUCGCGCACCAAGACAUUCGCGCCAAUAACCUUGCUUAGCGCCUCAAUGUUGCCAUUACAAUGCGGACACUAUACACACACUAAACAUCCGUGUUCUAGUGACACGAACGGUGUAGUAAUAGUGGGAGGAAAGGAAAGCUAUGUGUAUUAUGCAGUUUGUAUAGAUAGGCUUGUACGGUACGAAACUCAGGGCAGGGUGACAGUCGGCGGAAGAGAGCAGGGGGGAGGGGUUCACAUUAUACCAACAAGCGCCGUACGUACCGCGGCCGUGCGAUUAUUCCGUCUACUGAGCGGAGGACGUAGUCAAUGCCUCGCUUGCCGCUCGCGUCUAGCGCUGUGUUUGUUACUACUUUAG